GUCCCCCUUAGUCAGUGGCGGGUGAGUCAGUGUGCAGUCACCACCCAUGUGGCCUCGAUCAUGACAUCCUGCUGGCUCUGGAUAUCUGCCACCGUCUGGAUCUCAACGCUUCUUUCGAGAGCUUCAGAGGGCGUGCACAUCGAGGACCUGCGCGUGCCGCCCGUGGUGGAGCACAACGUGAACGUGACGGCGCUGCUGGACUGCGUGUACGAGCUGCGCGAGCGCGAGAGCGACCUGCUCACCGUCAAGUGGUUCUUCAAGGACGAGACGCACCUGGUGUACCAGUGGGGCAGGGGCCUGCCGCCGGCCGACUCGGGCGUGCUCAAGGGGCGGCUGCACCUGGGCCAUGUGGCGUCGCAGGACCAGCUGAAGCGACACCGGGCUCUCGUUAUCCACAACCCGACCAUCGAGCUCAGCGGCAACUACAUCUGCAGGGUGGCCACCAGACAGAACGUGGUCACCGGCUCCAAAAAGAUGAUUGUGUAUGCCCCGGCCAGAACAAUGAACCUGACGCAGGACGGACCCGUCGACAGCUCUGUGAACGUCUCGUGUGCGGUGGAGGGCGCCUACCCGGUGCCCCAUCUCGACAUAUUCAUGAAGCAGGAGAGCCGACAAAACAGGGUGCUGCUGAAGAACGUGCUGGUGCAGACCAGCCGGACCGAGGAGGGCGUCUACGAGGCGUCGGCGCUGGCGCAGUUGCAAGCGCGCGACAUCCACCCACAGACGCUGUUCGAGUGCAUCAUGACCAUCCCGGACACGCAGUACUCACUCAAGCGGGUCAUCACCUACUACUCAGGUGCGACCCUGGCUGCAAGCACAUCGGCUGGACCCGGCACGCCCGGCCCCCUGGCGGUGGUGCCGCUCUGCCUGCUACUCGUGCCCGCUGGCGCCGUCUACCCGCGCCGGUAGCGACCACGUCGACCCUCCGCCGGACGCAGGUCCACCUGGUGCUCAUGAACAUCAUCAGGAAAGAAGACUGCAAACAUUUACAUAAUGAAAGUCCUAUUUUACGGUCAAAAUGUGUGUUCCUUCACAAAAACCAACGUGUACAUGUACCUCAGGGAUUUUAAUUCCAACAGCAUGUGUUCCAGAUUGUGAAAGGAUUUCAAGAGAGGUGGAACGCACUAGUGCAGGGAAGUGUGCCAUUAUCAUUAUUUUAUUGCUUGGACUUUUGAUCUGUUGAAUCCUUGCCUGAUUACGUAACUGUACUGAAUCCGUGAUAUAGAGGGCGGCUUGGUAAACCAGUCACAGCUAGUCACCCAGGGCCACACGGCAGACAUCGCCCGUGUCAAAACUUGCGUUAGGCGCGGCCGAUUACACCUGUUGGAAGCGUUCGCUGGAUGCUGAGUUGAACUGUGGCAGAACGCCCGACGUAAGGGGCGUAAUGGCCGCGUGGUUAGCGCCUUCGACUCGCACGUUGGGCUGGGUUUGAAACAUGUCUAUACCACAGCCCUGAACGCCAAUAUUGACCCUGGGAGUCGCUGGCGUUCCGUUAACCUUUCUUCUGAUUCGCCGUGUUCUACAACGCCGACUGUUAGUGUGGGCGUGGGGUCCGUGUGAAUGAACCCCCUUCCGUUUUGGAACCAAGUAAAACAGAGUCUCGCGGGAUUAUUAGUUAGUUGAUCUCAACGAUAUCACGCGAUGUUAAUAUGUUUUCUUUUGCUGGAGCAAUAAUUGAUUGAAAUAGGUCGGAUCAAAGGUCAAAUUUUACGGAAAAUCUAAUUUUUCAGCUUUAGAUUGAGAUGUGCGAGACCAUGCACGGUAGCGCUGCGACGCUUAAACAGGCAUGUUUUCCGUUUAAAUCUAGGUACAAGGGGGUGUAGCUGUAUGUGUUUUAAGCAUAUGUUUAUGAUGUAGUGCCAAAUGAAACAGUGUCAGCCCGCCCCGCGCGGUCCGCGGAUUCGUCGACAUUCGCCCACCUCCUGCGCCGGCCGUGGAUCGUCGUGCAGUGUUCCUGAAAAACCUUCGCUUCUGAGAAACCCUAACUGAUAAGGGCACAUUUAUUAGUUUUAAACACAAAACACGCUGCGCAUUGGAUGUAUCAGAGGCCACCGAAAAUUAGGGCGCGAUUCUACGACCUGCCGGAGGGCUUUUCUCAGAAAACCUUAGGGAGUUGUGUAUCGGCACGCUAUUGGGGCAGGUGUUAAAAGGCGUACGGCGACGCGCGCCUCGUUCCCACAAAAAGUGAAUGUCGCGCUCGUGGUGCGUCCUGUGGCAAUAGCUCUAAAUAACUGCGCAGAGAGUAGAGAUACGUCUAUUACAGCCGGGUGUACUCCUGUUUAUGCUGAUAUGGAUGCGCUUCGCAAAUAACUAUGUCGGGCAUGAGAGCAAACUGCGCUCAUCUGGUGGCAAGUAUUGUACUCAAUAAACGCGACGAGUACUGAAAG